CCGUGUUUGCGUCAUGUUUAUUCCCGUGCCGUCGGUAUCGAGCAGAACGCGAACGGAAUUCGUUAGCAAAUUGUGCAUAUUUUAAACCUCGUUGCAAGCAUAAUUACCCUCGCCAAAAUGUCUCCAAAAAGAGCCUUUUACCGCACGGGCGACGCCAUUUGCGAUGAGGUGCUGGGUCUGCUGGAAAAGUUCGCCAAUGAAACGCUCGCCAAGCAGGACCACUUUCGUGUUGGUGUGUCGGGUGGUUCGCUGGCGGACAUUCUCUGCGAGGGCAUGUCCGAUCUGCGGUCCGAUUUCAGCAAAUGGCAGAUCUUCUUCUGCGACGAGCGUGUCGUCCCGGUCACCGAUAAGGAGUCGACGUGGGGCAUCUUCAAGCGCGAUCUGCUCGCCAACUGUGAUAACAUACCGGAGAGUGUGUUCUUCCCGGUAAACGCAUCGCUCGAUGUGAACGAAGCCGCCGCCGAUUACGAGCGAAAGAUCCGCAAAGCAUUCGGGCUGGAAAAGCCGGAAGAGGUGCCAUCGUUUGAUUUGUUGAUUUUGGGCAUUGGCCCGGACGGACACACGGCCUCCCUGUUCCCGGGGCAUCCGUUGCUCGGGGAGAAGAAAAAGCUGAUUGCACCGAUCGAAAACUCGCCGAAACCGCCACCGAAGCGUGUGACGAUGACGCUGCCCCUGAUUAACAAUGCCAAGGUGUGCCUGUUCGGGGCGCAGGGCCGUGGCAAAGCGGAAAUGUUGAAGCGUAUCGUAGCGGACAGGGACAGCUCGCUGCCGGCCACGCUGGUCGAUCCAUCCGAGGGUGAGCUCAUCUUUGUGGCGUGCGAUGAAGCGGCGUCCCUCAUAGAGGGUGACCUCUUCCCACGAUCAUAAUCGCGAACUCCCCAGCCUUUUACGGUGCCUUAAGAGCAAAAGUGCGCAGCUCGGAUCACAAAAUUCCAAACACUUACUUACACACCAUGGCAUUUAAUCAUCACGUUCGUGGCGGAAUGGUUUUUUAUUAUUUUACUUUAACUUUAUUCUAACUCCUUUUUCGUGUGUGUAUGUGCGUGUGUACAAUAAAUUACAACCAAUACUAAUGAAUACGUA